UCUCUCUCUCUCUCUCUCACACCUGAUAUCUGCAUUCUGACGCGACGUAUCGAUUAUGGAGUCAUGCGACGGAAACUCAGACAAACAGUUCUUCCAAAACGUCGUCGUAAUGAGGCACGGCGACAGGAUAGACAACUUCGAGCCGCUGUGGGCGGCCACGGCGGCGAGGCCGUGGGAUCCACCUUUGGUUGACGCCGGGAAGGUCAGAGCGUUCUGUACGGGCAAGAAGAUCCGCACCCAGCUCGGGUUCCCGAUCCACCGGGUGUUCGUCUCCCCAUUCCUCCGAUGCCUCCAGACCGCCUCCGAGGCCGUGUCUGCCCUCUGCGCCGUUGAUGAUGAUCCGACCCAAAUGAGCUCCGAAGGUGUCCAAAUCGACCCCUCCAAAAUCAAGGUCUCUGUCGAGUAUGGCUUGUGUGAGAUGUUGAACAGGGAAGCAAUAAGAGAUCAAAUUGCUCCUAAAGAUGGCAAUUUUGGCUUCAACAUCCCAGAUUGUGAAGGAAUGUUACCGGCUGGGACAGUGGAUCAUACUGUGGAACAAGUGUAUAAAGAGUUGCCACAGUGGGAAGAAACAGUUACGGAUGCAAGGUCUAGAUAUGCACAGAUUAUUAAGGCCCUUGCUGAUAAAGUUCCUUCGGAAAACUUGUUGCUUGUGACACAUGGUGAAGGAGUUGGGGUGGCUGUCUCAACAUUAUUGAAGGACAUUACGGUGUAUGAAGUAGAAUACUGUGCCUAUUCGCACUCAAGAAGACCUAUCAUCUUUGGGGAGAAGCACUCAUUUACAGCAGGAGACUUUGAGUUGGUUACACCCAAAGGUCUAUCUGGUAUCAGCUACUAUCCCUUGAGCAAUGCAACGGAUGAUACACUGAACGGGGCAAACACCCAUUGAUGUUUUCUGCACUCCACCGAUUCAUUUUGGCACAUCUGCCUGCACAUUAGACGUUCUUGUUCUUAUUUGCCAUCGCAAAUGAUUUUUCUUGUUUAACCCAGUUGACUAGCAGUUGAAAUAAUCAUGAAUAAUUGUCAUAUUCUCAUAAUUCAAAGAAAAGUGUUGCUCCAUGAGGGAGUUGUAUUUGCUUUACAGCCAGUGUAUUUUAGUUGAU